AAGCUACCAGUAGCAGUAUGCUAGUUGAUACUGCUGUGACAGGGAUUCAUGAACUACAUUUACGCCAUACAUUUUCACACUUUAAUUGAGACUUCAUCAUGUCUCAAGUCGAGAAGAAGGCAGGUCUGCUGAGGAGGACAUCGUCCUCUAAAAAACCCUUGAAGGAGAAGGUGGUUCUGAUGUAUGAUGAGAUUUUUGCAAAAGAAGACCCAGCCAAAAAUAAUCCUCGUUUCUGGGAUGAGCUGUUUCUUAUGAAGGUGAACCUAGAAUACCUGGAGUCAAAAUUGGAGAGUAUAGAUGGGGAGGAAGUCCAACGUAUUCAAGACAACAUCAACUCUCUGUUUCAUCAUUGCGUUCAGGCUCUUGGAGAAGAGCACCAGAUCAAAGUAGUCAAUGCCCUGCAGACUCUCUGUGCACUUUUCCGAGGAGUUCACCAGAAGAACAAGUCAGCAUCAGGCUUUGACAUUAUCAACAUGCUCAUGGGAUUUGACAAGGCUGAGCAAAGGAUGAAGGACCUGAUGGAGAGAUUAGACAGCCUUCUUUGUGGAGACAGCUCAGAGAGUCUCAAGAGCCUUUGCCUCAAACUCUUGCUAUGUUUAGUGACGGUCACAGACAAUAUUAGCCAGAACACUAUACUGGAAUAUGUGAUGAUCAAUAGCAUCUUUGAAGCCAUUCUACAAAUUCUAUCAGAUGCUUCCAGUAGAGGGCAGCAUGGCUAUGAUGCUGUGGUUCUUCUGGCCCUCCUGGUUAACUACAGGAAAUAUGAGUCUGUAAAUCCAUACAUAGUGAAACUCUCCAUUGUGGAUGACGAGCCUACCCUUGAUGGAAUGGGUGUGGUUGUCCACCAAGCGCUGACAGAAUAUAACAGGCAGUAUAAAGAUAAAGAAGAGGAAAACCAGGGGGGGUUCUUCUCUACCCUCACUAGUAUGGUGGGCAACAUGUUUAUUGCAGAUGCUGACGAGAAGCUCUCUGUACAGACAAAUGAGGCAAUUCUGCUGGCACUUUAUGAGGCUGUUCAUCUCAACAGAAACUUCAUCACUGUGUUGGCACAGAGUCACCCUGAGAUUGAUAUCACAGCCACACCCACCACUACAACUCCAACCACACCAACAACGCCGCUUGGAACAACACCACCUUCCUUAGACAUGAUGAACAACCCAGAACUGCCAUUGGAUCCUAACCUGCAGACCAGCAACCUUCUCAUUACCUUCCUCAAGUACGCCUCCAUUGUAAUGCAGGAUACAAAAGAUGAGCACCGGCUCAACAGUGCCAGACUGUGCCUGAUCAUCCUCACCUGCAUAGCCGAGGACCAGUAUGCUGAUGCCUUUCUUCAUGAUGACAAUAUGAACUUUAAAGUCAGCCUCCACAGAAUGCCCAUGAGACACAGAAAAAAAGCUGUAGACAAAAACAUUCCUUCACGUCCGUUGGUCUGUGCUGUUCUAGAUCUGAUGGUGGAGUUCAUCGUAACUCACAUGAUGAAGGAUUUCCCCAUGGAUUUAUACUUGCGCUGUGUGCAGAUCAUCCACAAACUCCUCUGUUACCAGAAGAAAUGCAGAAUCAGAUUACACUACACCUGGAGAGAGCUUUGGUCAGCUCUCAUCAACCUGCUGAAGUUCCUGCUGUCAAAUGAGACCACGCUGCUGGCCAAGCACAACAUCUUUCAUCUGGCCUUACUGAUCGUGAACCUGUUCAACAUGUUCAUAACUUACGGUGACACAUUCCUGCCCACCUCCAACAGCUACGAUGAGUUGUAUUAUGAAAUUGUACGAAUGCACCAGGUUUUCGACAACCUCUACUGUAUGGUUUUGAGAGUAUCAACCAACACAGGCCAGUGGAAGGAGGCAGCCAGUAAAGUCACACAUGCCCUCGUCAAUAUUAGGGCUAUUAUCAACCAUUUUAACCCCAAGAUUGAGUCGUACGCUGCUGUGAACCACAUCUCCCAGCUGUCAGAAGAACAGGUUUUGGAGGUGGUUCGCACCAACUAUGACACACUGACCCUCAAACUUCAGGAUGGUUUGGACCAGUUUGAGCGAUACUCGGAGCAGCCAAAGGAGGCAGCUUUCUUCAAGGAGCUGGUGCGCUCUAUCAGUCUGAAUGUGAGGAAGAACGUCUCUCUGAACACACUGAGUCAGGACGUGCUGCUCAAAGAGUUCUCCACCAUCUCCUGAGAUGCACAUCCUGCGUUCAUCUUCCAUCUUUCAACUUGAGCACCAACCAGUACAACCCUCGAUUGUUCAGCCUUCAGAUCGCCUUGACUCCACAUCCUCUGUCAAGUUAAAACUUGUCCUGCAGAGACAGACGAGCUGACAGGUGAUAUGCAUUCAGAAACUGUCCAGACUUUCAUCUUUUGUGGUCGUACGUAAGCGUGGUAGUUCGAGAAAGUGCCCAUAUUGCACCUACUACUCAUGCAAUCAGCAGUAUUGGCUGGACUGUUCACUGACAUGAACGUUUUGAUUUAAAACAGUAAGACAAAGUAUUUAAGUCCCUUUGAGUUCAACUAAUCACAGUUAACUAUUUCCAGCAGAUACUACGGACAAUUUAGCAACGUUGCUUAUGGUGAUACUGAGCCAUUUUGAGUUUAGUGACUUUCUCCUUGAACUAGAACCUUUUUGUUUCUAAAUGCUUGUUGCGUGAAUGUUAAAUUCUCAAUUUGUUCAUGGAAAACUUCAAGCAUUUUGUAUUUGCGCAUUUGCUAAGAAGUACAAUGUUUUUAGUAAUUUGUUGAGGUUGCUUAAAGUUAUAAAAAACCUUUAUGUUGUUGUUUCAAACCUCCCAACCAGAGCCGAUACUAACAAUCCCUGCUGUUGACAUUUUUCUCUUUAUUUUAACAAAUGAAUCUGAAUGUGUUGGAGUGAGCUGCCGGUUUAGGAGAACUACUCCAUGUCAUGGCUGGUGUGAAUGCUCUUGAUGAUUUUUUUGUUUUGGGUUGAAAGCAAACCUGAUUUAUGCAGUUUGAUCAAGUGGAAGGCCUCUGACUCCAGAAGUUGUAUUUGUUUCUUUUUUAAAUAAAGAUUGUUUUCCUA